AUGGGGGGUGUGAUGUCUUCAAUAGUUCCCGGUGUCUACGUUGGAGGUUUAACUAGCGCUAGGUCGGAGAGUGAAUUGAAUCACUGCCAAAUCACACACAUAUGCAGUGCCUUUCAGUACCCCUUAUCCCUUGACCCGAAGCGUGUCCACAAACAGUUCAUCAUUCAAGAUUCUCCCGAAGAGGACAUUGCUAAAUAUUUCGUUGACGCGAUCGAUUUUAUUCACGGCGCUCGGGUCAAUCACGGCACAGUUCUCAUCCACUGCGCCUGCGGUAUCUCCCGCAGUGUUUCUCUAACAAUGGCUUAUCUCCUCUGCAUUACCGAUUUCAAACUUCGCGACAUCUACAAAGGCUUGCGAGCUGCUCGCUUAGGUGCCUGUCCCAAUUACGGAUUCCUACGCCAGCUACAGCGGUUUGAGGAGUCAGGCGACUACUUAAAAGCGCGGCAAUUCCUCAUAGCAAAGUACGGUCCCUGGUCGCCAGAGAAGUUGGCAGCGGACCGGGCGGCAAUGGAGACGCACAUAGCGGCGCAAGAGGCUUUUAUUCAGACUGGUUACUACCCUUGGGAUGGGCGACCACCCUCCGCACCCGCGACAGGAGAGAAAGGGGCGUCUGCGCGCUUCAUAUGUCGCCUGUCCGACGGCGCUAGCACUCUGGAAGAAGCUUUGGCUUCUGCUCCUCCCUCGAACCAAUAG